AUGGAAGAGAAGGAUGAUUCCCAGAGACUUCUGGAAGGCUUCAGCUCCAAUGAGAAAGCGCGUACACGCACAAAAAGUAAAGCAGAGCCCUAUACCUCAAAAGAGGAAAUGGUAUCGGAGGAAAAUGAGUCUCCUCUGAACAGUAACAUCACAGCAUUUGCGUUAAAGGCAAAAGUCAUCUAUCCAAUCAAUCAGAAAUUUAGGCCUUUGGCAGAUGGCUCAUCCAAUCCGUCUUUGCACGAGAAUCCAAAGCAGACUGUUCUGCCUAAUCAAGUAAUGGAAACAUCCACUUCAGGCAGCCUGGGCUCCCUCAGCCAGGGAGACAAGGAGGACUGCAGUUCCUCCACGACAAUUCAUUCCUCAACCAGUGACGACAGGUUUCAGGCUCGGACCUUCCUCAAGGUGACCUGCUUCCCUGAAGUGCUGACUUGCGAGAGUUUUGAUGUUAAGCUCUGCCUCUGCAGUCUUCUUUUAAAAGAUCUUAUGCUUCUUGAUACUGAACUCAGAAAAGAAAAACAUGUGAUAUUUACUCAAGUUCUCAAAAUAUACCUCACAGAUUUUUAUCAUAAAAAGAAGAUUACUGAUGAUUUGUUCAAGAAGAUCCUUUUAAUUCAGGAAAACGAUUUUGAAGAAUUACAGAAACAACUUGACUCUAGACUCCAGAAUACUGAGACGUCAGGAGCCCAUAAUUCAGAGUACCAGACCCUAGAAGACUUAGAAAGAAAAGAAAGGGAAUACUCUGAGCACAUAAUAGAUAAUAUGGAAGCUUUCUGGAAGCAGGCUGACAAAGCCCAGCAGUUUCUUUUGGACCAGUCAAAAUGCUCAAAUGCCAGAGCAAUGAAGAUAACUGUGGAUCUGACUGAGAGGAUGAUUGCAGUAGAAGGGUUAUUAAGUGAAUCUCAGGAUUUGCAUGCAAUGGACAUUCAGGAAAGAUUAUUUAACUGGGAGCUUAUGGUAAAAAUGGUUGAUUCACUGAAGUUGCAUAUACCAGAAGAGUGCAAGUGUAGAUUAAAUACUGUAUCAAAUAUUCUGGACCAUUUAACUGUAAAGAAUAAUCUCUCAGUCCGACAAAAGGAAGAACUUUUAACAGACCUGCACAAGGCCUUCUGGGAACAACUAGCACAUUUCAGUAACGAAUGUAUCCAGCAGAGUAAAGACCUGAUCCUGAAACGGCUGGAGUGCCGUGCAAAGAAGAGAGAAGAGUUCAAACACAGACAGAAAGCUGAACAAGGGAAUCUCCUCAGUAAAACUUUUCGUACUGAAGACCUUCAUGAUUUUCUUAAGGCUUACCAGGAACUGUUAGAGAAGCAUCGGCAGAUACAGUGGGACCUGGAAGAGGAAGACGACUGUGAGAGCGCAGAGGCUAUUGCUGAUCUCUACAAGGAGCUGCACUCUAAAGCUUCCCAUGCUUUAGCGGAGUUGGUGAAGGAGCUGUUUCUUCAGACCCUUCCAAUUGUGACCGGCCUCUCUGUAAGAGAAUGUGAACUUUUGAAAGAGGAAUGGCAGGCGAAUUUGGUCCCUCAGCUGGAGAAAUGGGACGCCCACUGCCAGAGACGCUGGAAGCUUUUCCAGGAACAGCUGCUGCAAGAGAAAAAGCUGUGGCUAAAGGAGUAUGCUCUGUCUGCUGUGAUACAAAAACACCUGUCUGAGAAACAAGAGAAGAUUAUUCAAGGUGUGGUAAGCAGACUAGGAGGCCUCAGUGAUGAAUCUGUGCACUAUAUAUUGCAAAAACACAGGCUUCUGCUGUGUUCAGUACUCAGAAGGGUAACUCUCCGAAACAUUGGGAUGGCUACUCUGACCUGCAUGAGGAUGUCCAGGAAGAAGAGCUUGCUUCAGGAGCUAAGGGAGCAGCAUGUCCUGCAGAAGAGUUCCUCCCACUGCCAAGAUGAAGAUCAGUGGCAGCUACAAAAAGCAGUGGAGUCUCACAUUGUGGAAGAGGAAGAGAAGCUCGAGGAAGAAACGCAGCAAACACAUUUAGAAUUUCACCAGCAGUUAGUCACUGAAAUCCAAGAGGCUCUUCAUUUUCUUCAGCCAGAGAGACUGCUGGAAACAGCUGUAGAAAGUGUGUAUGGGACCAGCAAUAAUAUCAGUAGACUGGUGCAAAACUACUAUCAGCAAUUAGGAAAAAUCACAGAAGAUUAUGAAGGGAAAAAACUUCAACAAUUGAAAUCCUUGCAAGCAGAAAGAGGUGAAAGGAGCAGACUUAGAAAGAAACAAGAGAAUGAACAGGUAUUGAAAGAAAAACUGAACAAAGGCCUCCUGGAUGCAUCGUCUGCAGUCCAUCAAAGAAUGGCGCUGCAGCAAAAGAAGGUUUUGGCUCAGUUUGAACUGCAGCAGCAGAUUCGUCUGGACUGCCUGAAACAGAAGAUGCUGGGAUUGCAUCAGCUAGAAACUGAGUUGGAGACUCAGCUCCAGGAAGCAGAGCAGGACUUUGUCACAGAACUAGCUACGCUGGCCCGCGUUCCACUCCCCAUGAAGCAGCAGCUUUCCAAAAGGAGCAAGCCAACAGGGGUAAAAAUGAACUCAAAAAGAAAGACCUUUCAGUCUCCAGAAUCAGAAGACAAAGGCGAUUCUCAUGAAAAUAUUCGGGAGCCCCCUGGACAGGCUUCUGGCUUAUGCAGAGAUAAAUUGCAGAGUUCACAUGAAGGGGAGACUGAGCCAAGGAAAAACUCAAAGAUGCUAAAGAAAAGAGGCAACAGGUAGUAAAAAUAUUUACAUGAGCUGUCUGAACACAGAGUACCAGAGCGUUCUUCUGGCUGAUCUCAGCAGCUGUAAAUACUUACUGAGCUGGUUUACUGAGGAACAAUGAAGAACGUCAGUAAUAACCGAGAAAUCUUCUUUAGCUACAGACCAAAAAAUCAAUCAUGUGUGCCUUUGGCCGUUAAUGAAACAUUCUCACUUGAUUUUGGUAAGGAGGAACAAGGAAACCUUUCAUAUAAGCUCUUCCAGAUUACUGAGGGAACACGGAGGUAGUUUUAGAUGAGGAAUAUACCUGAGGAAAGGGUGCUUGUAGCAAUACAGAUCUACACUAGACUCGUUGCCAAUGUUGGUAUAUCCCAGGAAGGUUUCUUUGCAAUAGUGAUGUACCAUAUGCUUUUGAGCCCAAAUGUGGUAGGUCUGGUCUUAAUAUAUUGAUCACUGCUUUGGACUUAAAAAAAAGAGUGAGAAAGGUAAAGAAUAUUUAAAUAGACUUCGGAAGUCAGUGGUGCAACAAAACUGAAACUGAAUUUGGUCUCUCUAUUCUAUUUUAAUGCUUCUCAGGCUAUACAUGCUUUUUUAAAAUUUGUACAAAGAUUUUGUCAAUGUAUUUCCCUAUGCUUGUCUCGAAUUGCAAGUUAUUGUUAGAGAGAAUGAGACAAAACCUGUUUACUGUUUCUUUUUUUACACUUUGCUUCCUAUUCUUCCUAAACUCUUUGUUUUCAUAUAUUUUGUUAUGCUCAUUGUGUUUCUUAUGGGUAAUUUUGUUGUUAUGCAAAGCAGCUCAUUCUUACUGGCUGUACAGAAUGUCUGUAUAAAGUAAUAAAUUACAUCACUUAAGCAA